CAUUGUUACCUGUUUCCUCAUGAAAUGUGUACCUGCGCUCUAAUCAGCCACUGAAAUUCGUUUUGUACUCCGUCGUGUUGAGCAGUUUGAGCUAUUUAUCUGCCACAAACAUCACCUCCCACCUGAACAAAGACACCUAGCUUGGUCUUAACCUAACGUUACUGGACUGAGUGAAUUUCCGAGGAAGCCUUCGUCCACUCGGAGUAGCGGAAGACGGCGGAAGGUGUAGCAGAAGCGGGUAAAUAGAGUGGGAAACUCCACGGAAACCUGUACAGGUACAAAAAGUUUUGAGUAAGAAGGUGUGCGUAUAGAGCGAAGAACUCGCCUUUGCUUUUCCAAAUUGAAGAAGGCACCAUCCAAGAAGGACUUUACACUUACUUUGCAGUUUUAUCAAAAGUAGGUCGGUGUUAAAAAGCCUGCUGUUUAAUUUCGAGAGAUAGCGGGGAAGGACCUCGGGAAUAGACCAUGCCACGAGCUUUCCUGGUGAAGAAAACGGGACAUUCACCCGGCAAGAGAAACUGGAGCAAUCUGCCAGAUCAUGAACGCGGUGACAUUUAUAUUCCAGUCUCCAUGUCUCCUGUUGCUCUGCGAGAGGAGAGCGAAGCCAGUCCUGCAGAGGUGGCGUUGUGUCUGUCCACACGCAAGGACCACAGCAUCUACACGUCCAACCAGACGUACACCGAUGACCCUGGCGCCGUGGUCCCUGCCGCUGAGCUCCCAUCAUGCACUGCUCUAGGCCAGAGUCCAGAGACCGAGCACAUCCGAAGCGCACACAACAAUGCGUAUGUGCGCACUAAAAUAAAGGUCACCACAGGUGAGCUCCCCAUAGAGGUCCCAGCCGCCGUCCCUAAUGUAACUACAAGUCCACCUGUUUCUAUAGGGACACCUUGCUCACCUCCUGUCGCUAAGUCAUCUGCAGCGCAGUCACGUAGCAAUACCUAUGUUUGCCAGGUGUGUGAAAAAGUUUUCCAGUUCCAGCGCAUGCUAAACAGACACCUGAAAUGUCACAGCGAGCAGAAGAGGCACUUGUGCGACUUUUGCGGAAAGGGCUUCAACGACACCUUCGAUCUCAAGAGGCAUGUCCGCACACACACGGGUGUUCGUCCAUACAAGUGCAGUCUCUGUGAGAAGGCCUUCACCCAGCGCUGCUCUCUGGAGUCCCACAUGAAGAAGAUCCACGGCGUCACGCAGCAGUACGCUUACAAGGAGCGCCGCAGCAAGCUGUACGUCUGUGAAGAGUGUGGCCAUACUGCGUCUACCCAGGAUACACUGGUGCGCCACCUCCACACUGAACACCCAGACAGUGUCCUCCUGCGGGGCAAGGCGGCACGAAGACUGUCCCCGUCAGCGAACGCUAAAGACGACAACUCCCAACCUGGAUCCCCUCUCUCACUCCAUAGCGAUGAUACUGUUGGGUCAGGAGGAUUUUCCAUAUAAAAGAAAUUGGGUUUUUUUAUACAAAAGGAUGUGAUUGACGUGCAUUCUGAUGAUUUAUCGUUUCAUUCAGAGUACGAGGGAGGAGGGAAAUUAAAAAGGGGAAAGUGAAGUCAUGCAAAAUGCUGUUUUUAUGGCAGUACGCUGAAAUUCAGUUUACACUUUUGUUGUACUUUUCCCUGUGAAACCACACAAAAGCAGACGAUAAUGUCCACUACAGCAUAAGUAUGCACUACUUCACUUUACAUAAUAAUAUUAUUAUUAACAUUGAUGAGAUGAAACACAACUCAGGAGAAAUACACACAUGAAUGUGAUAUUAAAUGGCUCCAUAUGUACUGUGUGGGACAUUAAUUUUAUGUAGCAAUGUUUCAACACUAAAAUAGUGCUUUUAUGAACUCAACUGAUAGUAUUAUCAGUGGUCUCUGAAUGUUUGAAAUUAGGGAUCUUCGAAAGGGAAUUAAUUUUGUGUUGCUAAUUACUGCUUUAUGUAAUAUAUAUAUAUGCAUACAUUUAUCAUAAAAAGAUUUAUAUUUAUCCUGGUGUAGUUUUAUAUUUUCUGGGCUAUGUUUAAACAUUUUUGCUGUAGAUCUUAUACAUUUGUUUUCACAUGUAACAGCCUUCUCUUGUGUGUGUGUGUGUGUGUGUGUGU